CAGACCGGGGUCCGGGAGCACAGCUUCUGUGUCCAAAGUAUCGAGGAGCUGUCCAUUGUGCUCAAGCCAGCCUACAACUGAUGGCGAGGAUGGCCAAGGUGAAGCAGGUGGGUUUGCUGGCAGCAGGCUGUCAGCCCUGGAAUAAUGACGUAUGUGCCGCAAGUGGAGACCGCUUCGCCUACUGUGCGACUCUUGCCAUAUACAUUUACCAGUUGGACCAGCAGUACAAUGAAUUCAAGUUGAGGUCCAUCAUGUCAGAACACAAAAAGACCAUUACAGCCAUCAGUUGGUGUCCUGAUAACCCUGAUCUGUUUGCAUCAGCCUCAGCUGAUAACCUGCUCAUUGUGUGGAAUGUAGCUGAGCAAAAGGCUAUAGCACGACUGGACAACACUAAAGGUGUCCCUGCUGCAGUCAGUUGGUGCUGGAAUUCAGCUGAUGGAGUGGCAUUUGUCUCUCAGCGUGGCCCACUGUAUAUUUGGGUCAAUGGGAAUUCUGACUCUGGAGUGACAGUGCAUAAAGAGGCCCACUCUUUCCUGUCUGAUAUUUGUCUCUUCAGAUGGCACCCCACCAAAAAGGGAAAACUGAUAUUUGGACACACUGAUGGAAGUUUGUCUAUUUUUCAACCAGGGUGUAAGAGUCAAAAGCAUGUGUUGCGUCCUGAGUCUUUGGAGGGGACAGAUGAAGAGGAUCCAAUCAGUGCCCUGGAAUGGGACCCUUUGUCAAAAGACUACUUAUUAGUGUCCAACCUCAAUAAUGGCAUCAGGCUGGUGGACAGUGAGGCCUUGGCUUGUAUUACAUCCUUCUGCUUCCCCUCAGCUGCUGCAUCAGUUCAGUGCCUUGCAUGGAUUCCUUCUGCCCCGGGCAUGUUCAUCACUGGAGACUCCCAGGUUGGAGUAUUGAGGAUAUGGAAUGUGUCUCGCUCUACUCCUUUGGACAGCUUUAAACUGAAGAAGACUGGCUUUCAUGCUUUACAUGUCCUCAACACUCCCCUUGCAAAGAAAGCUCACAGUUCCUGUUCUUCUGGUAAAAGUCAGCACACCAGCUCUACAAGUGAGGCAGUACCUCCCCCAACCCUGUCACACAACCAGUCCUUCUCUUUGCCUCCUGGCCAUGCAGUGUGCUGUUUCAUGGAUGGAGGGGUAGGACUUUAUGACAUGGGCGCUAAGAAGUGGGACUUCCUCCGAGACCUGGGCCAUGUUGAGACCAUCUUCGACUGCAAGUUUAAACCUGAUAACCCUAACUUGUUGGCCACAGCUAGUUUUGAUGGAACCAUCAAAAUCUGGGAUACAAACACACUGACAGCAGUGCACACCUCCCCUGGCAAUGAAGGAGUGGUUUACUCCUUGUCCUGGGCUCCAGGUGAUCUAAACUGCGUUGCAGGAGCAACAUCUCGCAAUGGAGCUUUCAUUUGGGACAUUAGGAAAGGAAAGAUAAUCACACGCUUUAAUGAGCAUGGUAAAAAUGGUAUAUUUUGUAUAUCCUGGAGUCACAAAGAUUCAAAGAGAAUUGCAACCUGUAGUGGUGAUGGAUUCUGCAUCAUUCGGACCAUUGAUGGCAAAAUCCUUCAUAAGUACAAACAUCCUGCUGCAGUCUUUGGCUGUGACUGGAGUCAAAACAACAAGGAUAUGAUUGCUACUGGUUGUGAGGAUAAGAAUGUUCGUGUGUAUUACUUGGCCACCAGUUCGGACCAGCCACUCAAAGUCUUCAAUGGACACCUAGCUAAAGUAUUUCAUGUCCGCUGGUCUCCUCUUAGGGAGGGGAUAUUGUGUUCUGGAUCAGAUGAUGGUACUGUUCGUAUAUGGGACUACACACAGGAUGCGUGCAUCAAUGUGUUGAGUGGUCAUACAGCACCAGUCAGAGGCCUGAUGUGGAACACAGAGGUUCCAUACCUCUUAAUUUCAGGGUCUUGGGAUUAUACAAUCAGAGUUUGGGACACAAGAGAUGGCAACUGCCUGGACACAGUCUAUGACCAUGGUGCUGAUGUCUAUGGUUUAACAUGUCAUCAGAAUCGUCCUUUCACCAUGGCCAGUUGUAGCAGAGACAGUACAGUGAGGCUCUGGUCUCUGACACCCUUUAUCUCUCCUCUGCUCCUAAACAUCCUCACCAACCAACCCUGGGAAAAGAUAAUUGGAAACACUGAUAAAGCUAUGGUUCCCAACUCUCCACCCCUGCUCUGUGGUAAAGUGUCAAGAGACAUCAAACAGGAGCUGGAGAAACUAAGCUCUGAUACCACAGCCAAGAAGCUGCGUUGGUUCUCCGAAUGCUGUUCGCCUCCAGGGGGAAGCAGCAACCUGUGGGAUUUGGUAUCAGUCAUUAAUGGGCAGGACGACUCACUGCUACCAGGCAGCUACAGCAAGGGCAUAAUGCAUAUGAAACACCUGCUAAAGUUUAAAACAUCUGAAGCCCAGGAAUUAACCAUUGUCAAGAUGUCUAAAUUCGGGGGUGGUAUUGGUGCUCCCAGUAAAGAAGAGCGUCUUAAAGAAGCAGGAGAUAUCCAUCUCAGGCUCGGACAGAUUCAGCGAUACUGUGAAUUAAUGGUGGAGCUUGGACAGUGGGAGAAAGCAUUAGCUGUCGCACCAGGAGUAUCCAUGAAGUACUGGAAAACACUGAUGCAAAGGAGAGCUGAUCAGCUGAUGGUGGAGGAUAACGAUGAUGCAAUUCCUUACUGCAUUGCGACAGGAGACAUAAAAAAAAUCGUAACAUUCUUCACUGGCAGAGGACAACUGCUUGAGGCCUUACUAAUUGCACAGGGGGCAUGUGAAGGGAACAUCCGUACACCUCAAACCUCCUCUAUCAACCACAAGACGAAUGAUGUGGAUAACAGACAUCAAUACCAAAGUCUUCUUCAUAAUGUAUGUGGACAGCUGGCAGAAUUGUACUUUCAGGACGGCUGCGCUGUUCUGGCUGCAUGCUGCCACCUAGCGGUUGAUAACGUUCAGUUAGCCAUAUCUAGUCUGAUCAGAGGUAAUGAGCUGGAGUUGGCUGCCUGUGUGGGUAUAGUCCUUGGAGAGACAGCCGCUCAGAGUACGGCCUACUGUCUGGAACUCCUGGCCAGGAAGUACAUGACCCCACUGACAUGGGAGCUCUCGGUUGACCUAAUGAGAAUGAUUCCAGAGAACCAUAUUUUACUGGCUAAGGUCUGUGCAUUUUACCCUGGAACUACUGCAGAAAUCCACCAAUUACGCGAAAGGUGUUUUCUCCCCUCAUUAGAGGAAUGUAGAGCCUUGGCAGAGGAAUCCAUGUGUGAAGGAGAUCUGUUUUCAGCAGUUAAAUUUCACCUUCUGACAUCUGAACCUGAGAACGCCCUUAAGAUAGCAAUCGAUCAUGUCAAAGAACAGCUGACUGGAUCUGACUGGACAGUGGACAGUAUUCAUCCGAUCCUUGACCUGUUGAGUUAUAUCAGAACUGACCGCCUCCUCAUGGCCAAGUUCACUACAGCCCGCAGUGAGCUGUUAAUCCUGUGUGGUUACAUCGGUGGUCUGCUUGCCAUAAGGAAACAGUACUCCAGCAUCGUACCUGCACUCUAUGAAUACACGAGUCAGUUGUUGAAGCGGAGAGAAGUGAGUGUUCCUCUGAAGAUUGAGCAGCUGUCCAUGGAGCUGGAUGCCUGGCGGGCAUGCACUCAGAGUAGCAGCAACCCUCCAUCAGAGAGUCAAAAGGAAGAUUUCCGCUGCCUUGAAAAAAGAAUCCUUACCGUGAACUCUGUCUCAUGUGGUGCUGAUUAUGUGACAGGCUCCAAUCUGCCAAGUCACUCUGAUGUUCAGAUUUCCUGUUUUACUGGUCACAGAAUACAGGGUCCAGUAUUUUUACUUGAAGAUGGCAAAUCAACAAUUUCCCUGAAUGAUGCUCUCAUGUGGGCAAAAGUCAACCCCUUCUCCCCACUAGGGACAGGGGUUCGCAUAAACCCCUUCUAGGACCUGCCUGUGCACGUACACACACGCACACACACACACACACACAUAGAGGGCAUACAAAAAACAAGUGUUAUAUCUUGUCUAGGAAGGGAUUUCGGAGCCAAUAAUGGGGGUAAAGUCCUUUAAACAAUGCAUUUGUGGAUGAACAAUGACAAUGAUUUUAAAGUUCCUAUUUUGUACAUUGUCACUGUGUCAGAAUCAUAGUGAGGUACGGAUGGUGGGUCAUCUACUUCUUGUUUGUACAUACGCAUACACACAUGGUAUGCCUCUGACUUACCGUAAUUUCUCGAGUAUAAUGCUCACCCAUGUAUAAUGAUAAAUUGACCUCAAAAUUCUGGAAAAUCCUUCUACCUAUGUAUAAUGCAUUUUUACAAUGCAUGAGUUUGCUUCUACCCAUAUGAUCAAAACAUGAAGUAUUAUCUGUAUUUUGUUAGUUUUUUUCAAAGAAUUAUUCUGAAGUUAAGCACUUUUAUUUGAACAAAUAAUAAUUUAUUUUUAUUUACUUGCUCUUAUUUUGAAAUUCACAGCCCUACUUUUAUUUAAUCAAGGAGAAAACACACAGUUGUACUCACAUGUUUGAUUACCCAGGCAGAAUUUGUAAGAUGGUUACAAUUCUUUUAAGAAAACAUGAAGGACCAGGUGAAUGACAUUUAAUUUUAUUUUAAUGGGUUUCAAAUUAAACUGUCAAGCUUUUCAGAAAAGCAUUUUCAUUAAACAAAACAUAACCAUAAAGAAAUUAAUGAUGGUUGUUGUCGUAUUUAAAAAAAACAAACCAAAACAAUAUUUCACAAAUUCUGCCAGGGUAUGCAAACUUAUGAGCACAAUUGUACAUAUAUGCAGUCAUAUGUACCCCUUUCAUAUUGGAAUGAAAGUAGUAGUCUACACCUUUUUCAUAACCUCUAGGUCGCAUACUAGAAUGAAAGUGUACAACUUUUUCAUAACCUCUAGGGGGCGGUGGUAUAGUGGAAUGAAAGUGUACAGCUUUUUCAUAACCUCUAGAUGGCGGCAUACAUUUAUAAAAUGUGAAAGUCUUUUUAAUUUUCUCCUAUACCUAUGUAUAAUGUGCACUAUUGACUUGACCAGUUUUGGGGGUAAAAAAUGUACAAUAUACACGAGAAAUUACGGUAGUUUACUUCAUCAUUGUAAAGAAACCAAAAAACAACAGAUGAACGCCAAAAUAAAGCUAGCAUUGCAUGGCCUGUGUUGUUUUAUUCCCAUAAUU